AUGGCAGCGUCGUGCGGGCUGCAGCAGAGGCCCGUGGCGUCGCGGCUGAACGCGUCGGCGGAGGCGGCGGCCGGGAACGCCGCGGCGGCCGCGCGGUGGGCGGGGCUCGUCGACGACGAGCAGAAGACGAAGCCCGGCCGCCGCAGCCGCGGGGCGAUGUCGCCGGCGUACGACGUCUUCAUCAACCACCGCGGGGUGGACACCAAGCACAACGUGGCGCGGCUGCUGUACGACCGCCUUGAACACCUCAGCGGCGGCCGGGUGCGCUCGUUCCUGGACAACAAGUCGAUGCGCCCGGGCGACAGGCUGGGCGAGAGCAUCGACGAGGGCAUCAGGCAGUGCAAGGUCGCCGUGGCCAUCUUCUCCAAGCGCUACUUCGAUUCCGAGUUCUGCCUCCACGAGCUCGCCUCCAUCGUCGAGUCGCGCAAGGUCCUCAUCCCAAUCUUCUACGGCAUCAAGCCCUCCGAGCUAAUCCUGCCGCAGGAAGUGGCCGACUCCAAAGCCCACGCCCCCAGGGACAUCGAGCGCUUCAGGCUCGCGCUCCAGGAGGCCAAGUACACCGUCGGCCUCACCUACGACCCCGCCACAGGGGACUUGGCCGAGCUGGUGUACACGGCAGCGGACGCGGUGAUGGAAAGGAUUCAAGAAAUGGGUCAGAGCAUGCCACAACGGCAGAUGAUCGCAUCCAGGCUGUGACCAUUUGAACGGAACAUGCACAUACAUCAGCAACAAGCUGCGUGCAAGCUGGCCUGCGUCAUCAAUUAACGACCGGGAAGCAUGCAUGGUGAACAAUAAUACAAGUACAGUAACUCAUUAACACAUGUAGGGGAUUGGUUCAUUUUUUUUUUCAUUGUAAUUGAUUCGAUUUUUUUCUGAUUUAGUCAUUCUUUCAUAAAUUUUGGGGGCGAUUGUUAGAAUUAAUGUAUGCCCAUGUAGAAUAAGCUGCAUGACUGGCCAUUCACGGUCCUUGC